AUGUAUCUUUCAACAGUCCCAAACAUCGCGUCGCCUUACAUUACCUACGGAAAGCUCCUCUCCAAGCUCGCUCAGACCAAGUCCGUAAACGAAGGCCUAAAAGUCCACGCCCACCUCAUCAAAUCCGGACUAUUCGAGGGCGACAAACACCGCAGUCAUUUGGUGAACCUGUACGCAAAGUGUAAGUUCUUCGGCCACGCACGGAACUUGAUCGACGAAAGUCCCGAGCCGGACUUUGUCUCCUGGUGCUCGCUGGUCUCCGGGUACGUCCAGAAUGGGCUUGGAAAGGAGGCCAUUCUCUCCUUUCGCGAGAUGCGAUCUCUGGAUGUCAGGUGCAAUGAAUACGCCUUGCCCAGCGUGCUCAAGGCUUGUUCAGAAACAAACAACUUCACCUUCGGGAAACAGGUUCAUGGACUCGUGCUCGUGACAGGUUUCGGGUCGGAUGUAGGAGAGGAAUGUGGUCUCCUGGAAUACUUUGCUUUCGUGUUACGCUCGGGCAGAUUUUUUAGUGAGGCAAUGGGUUUGUUUGGGGAGAUGGUUUGUGGUGGAGUUAGGCCGGAUGAGUACUGCUUGUCGACUGUGUUGAACGCUGCAGCGGGGAUUGGAGAUAUCGAUCAGGGGAAGAAGGUUCAUGGCUAUCUUAUAAAGCUUGGUUAUGAAGGUGAUCAGUUCUCUCUGAAUGCGUUGGUUGAUAUGUACACAAAAGUGGGCGAUUUUAAAGAUGCAAUUGAUGUUUUUGGUAAUAUUCCGGAACCUGAUAUAGUUUCUUGGAAUGCGCUAAUUUCUGGUUGUGUAUUGCAUGGAUAUUACGACCAAGCUUUGGCAUCUUUAGAACGAAUGCAGAGAUCAGGUGUAAACCCGAAUGUGUUUACGUUACCAAGCGCCCUUAAAGCAUGCGCGGCGUUAGCUGAUAGGAGAUUGGGCAAACAAUUGCAUGCCAGGUUGAUUAAGAUGGAGAUAAUGAUGGAUCCAUUUGUUUUUGUAGGCCUAAUUGACAUGUAUUGCAAGUGCCAACUGAUGAAACAUGCAUUAAUGGUGUACCGUUUGAUGCCAGAGAAAAACUUGGUGGCAAUGAAUGCAAUGAUCGCUGGGCAUACACUAAAUGGGGAGAAUUGGGAAGCUUUAACCCUGUUUACGGCUAUGUACAAUCAAGGAAUGGAAUUUAAUCAGGCAACUUUACUAGCUGCCCUGAAUACAGUUGCUAGUUUGGAGGCGCUUAUUGUCUCCAAACAGAUUCAUGGACUCAUUGUGAAAUCUGGCUACCAAGCUGAUAGUUUCAUUUUAAACAGCUUGGUCGAUGUGUAUGGAAAAUGCAAGCAGGUUCAUGAUGCGGGUAGGAUUUUUGAAGAAUGCCCGGUUUGGGAUUUACCAUCUUAUACCUCGUUAAUGACGACCUAUGCUCAAUGUGGACAAGGGGAAGAAGCUUUAAAGCUCUAUCUAAAGGUUCUGGACAGGGGUCUUGCACCAGAUUCUUUUAUUUGCAGUUCUCUACUCAAUGCCUGUGCAAAUUUAUCAGCUUACGAACAGGGGAAGCAAAUCCAUGUUCAUGUCCUGAAGCUGGGGUUCAUGUCUGAUUCUUUUGCUGGGAAUUCACUUGUCAAUAUGUAUGCCAAAUGUGGAAGUAUAGAGGAGGCGGGUCGUGCUUUUGAUGAGGUUCUUGAGAAAAGUGUCAUAUCAUGGUCCGCAAUGAUUGGUGGGCUCGCACAACACGGCCAUGGUAAACAGGCACUUCAUUUGUUCGAUGAUAUGUUGAAAGACGGUGUUUCCCCCAAUCACGUGACAUUAGUUAGUGUCCUUAGUGCCUGUAACCAUGCCGGUCUAGUUGAAGAGGCCCAAUUGUAUUUUGACACAAUGAAAGAGAGAUUUGGCAUCGAUCGAACUCAAGAACAUUAUGCUUGCAUGAUUGAUGUUCUUGGCCGGGCGGGGAAGUUGGAUAGAGCAAUGAAUCUGGUGAACGGUAUGCCAUUUGAAGCAAAUGGGGCCAUUUGGGGGGCGCUUCUAGGGGCUGCCAAAACCCACAAGAACGUGGAGCUUGGGGAGCAUGCAGCCAACAUGCUUCAAACCCUAGAACCCGAAAAAUCAGGGACCCAUGUUCUCUUGGCAAAUAUCUAUGCCUCAGCAGGAUUAUGGGAUAAUGUUGCAAAAGCACGAAGAUUAAUGAAGGAUAGCAACGUGAAGAAGGAGCCGGGGAUGAGCUGGAUGGAGGUGAAAGAUAACAUACACACAUUCAUAGUCAGGGACAAAAGCCAUCCUAGAAGUGAAGAGAUUUAUGCAAAACUUGAGGAAUUGGGACGCAAGAUGGAAAAAGACGGCUAUGUUCCUAUGAUAGAAACUGACCUCCAUCACGUGGAGAAGAAAGAGAAGGAACUCCUGCUCUCGUUUCACAGUGAAAAACUUGCGGUGGCUUUUGGACUGAUUGUGACCCCACCAAGAGCCCCCAUUAGGGUGAAGAAGAAUCUCCGCAUAUGUGUGGACUGCCACACGGUGUUCAAAUUUGCAAUCGUUUCGAAUAUUCCGACCUAUUUGAACAAACAUCCUUACGACGUAGAAGAUGCAGUACCAAAAUCUUCAGAGAACAUCAUAAUCGAGCUAAAUGUCGACGAAAACCCAAAAAUUGGAUACACUGUUAUCAAGCUCGACAUAAAUCAGUUCUUCGAAGAUGAUGACGAAGCGAGGUUCGAUUCAUCUGUGGAAGAGAUAAUUGGUCAGCAAGCCAAUGGCGAAGAAGAAAAUAGAGACAUAGAAGGGGUACUUCAAGGGCACAUAAUAUCGAGUGGACAAGAGAUUUUCAAUGAAUUCGACGACAGGACUGGUGAAGCAGGGGAAACAAGCCAAGGUGAGUUUCAUUGA